AGCUGUCCCGGCAGCCGUUCCAUGACAACUGCCACCAGCAGCUGGUGGCCUGGGCACAACAGGGGCAAGGCAGAGGCCAGGGGCACGCAGGGGCUCACCCGCUGCCCGGCUGCCUCCACACACACUGCUGGGGCUUGCAGGGCAGCUCUGAGCUGGGAGAGGAGCGGUGCUGGGAGGACCUGAGCUCUGCCCGUGGCUGGAGCAAUGGCCACCAUGUACGAUGAGGAGCUGCUGGACUAUUUCCGCAUCGAAUACGGGCGGAACCUCCUGCAGUUGCAGAGGAAACUGCGACAGGCAGAGGAGGACUCCCUGUCCCCAUUUAUCCGUCUCCAGGAGAAGAAGAAAGAAGCCAAACUGAUGCGAAAGGCUCUGGAGGCAAAGAAGGAGGAGUUCAAGGAGAGGAUGAAAGCCGUGGCCUGUCGGUGGCAGGACCUGCACACCCAGGAGGCUGAGCUGAAAACCCACAUGGAGAAAUCCCUGAGGAUCGUAAAGGAAGAUGAUAGGAUGCGAGACCAAGCUCUGAAGAAAAGAGCUGAAGAGAGAGAGAAGACGAUACAAAAGGAGUUUGAGCUUUUGAGAGCUAGAAGGGAACUGGAAGUCCUGAGAAAUAAUCACGAGAAACUCUACAACAAAGUGCAGAAGUACUCCAUCUUCAAAAAAUACCUGGAGGAUGUGGUGAAGAUCUCACAGGAGACUUGCUGGGCUGACAUCCAGAAAACAAGUACCAAGACGACCCUGGAGCUGGGGACCAUCAGGAUGGCCAUCCUCAACCUCUUCCAGUGCGCCAACAGGCAGAUGAAAGCCAAACUGAACGUGCCAGUGGAUGACAGCCAUGGACAACUGAACAUGAUUCAGCAGCUUAUCCAAGACCUUGCAGACAUCUCCAUGGAGGGGAAAGAGGACAUGCAGGACCGCCAGCGAGCAGCUACACCUACAGGACAUGCCAACGUGAGGGGCUCAGCAAGGGUGGGAAGAGGAGGACAGAGGGCCCCAGAGAGAUUGUAGCUUCCACCAGUGAAGUUUCAUCCCUUCUGGCUCUUGUGCCCUGUACAGUUGCUGGUAUCUGUUAUACUAUUAAAAAUAACCAAAUGCCC